AUGAAUCGCUCUAAUGGACGCGCCCAGCGUGGUCAGAGGGCUGUGGUCAUGCAUACGUCUUCGAAAGGUGCUAAUUUGCACCUUAUCACGGCAACGACGAGUAUGGAGAUCGUCGCUUUCAAGACCAAGCGUGGGGCCUUCAAAGGUGCCGACUUGAAGGUAGCCUAUCGCGCUGCGAGGACGCAAGGACAACCGGCUGUGCUAAGCAGCCUCGAUCUGGAUAGAGCUGGCUAUUAUCAGGAUUUCGUUAGUUUGGUGCAGCGAGACGUUGACAAGUGUAGGGGAAAUGAUCAACGACUUCUCUUACAUGCCGAUGCCGGUCGGCCAAUGAUCAUAUGGGCUGCAGACCGCAAUCUCAACGCAUUAAAUGGUAGCAGUGGUCUUAUUUAUGAUGCUACAUUUGCCGUGGCGCCCAAAGGAUGGCAGCAAUUGUGGGUCAUUCUUAUCGAGAAACAGGGGUACUACAUUCCGGCGGUUUUCAUUCUAAUGGCACGGAAGACCCAGGAAGAGCAUGAGAGGGCCCUGCUGAAGCUCCGAGAUGUGCUCACUGAGCAUAUCUCGGAGCUUUCUUUAUCUCGUCAUGGACAUCGAUUCUACCAUUAA